CUUGAAGAUGUUUUAGCAGCAUGGGUGAGCUCUCUGUCCAUGGGGAUGAUCUUCUUCUGCUCUCCGAUAGUCAGCGUGUUCACAGACCUCUUUGGGUGCCGAAAAGUAGCAGUUAUUGGAGCAGCAGUGGGGUUUGUUGGACUCCUUUCAAGUUCCUUCGUAAGCACCAUUGAACCUCUGUACUUCACCUACGGAGUGGUGUUUGCCUGCGGCUGCUCGUUCGCCUACCAGCCCUCCUUGGUCGUCCUCGGGUACUACUUCAAGAAGCGCCUUGGCCUGGUGAACGGCAUCGUCACUGCGGGCAGCAGCCUGUUCACGGUGUCGCUGCCCUUCCUCUUGAGGGUUCUGAUCGAUUCCGUUGGCCUCUACAACACCUUACGGGUCCUGUGCGUCCUUAUGUUCGUCCUCUUCCUGGCCGGCUUCACGUACAAGCCCAUCGUUUCCAAUGCCAAAGACAAAGAAGAAGGGAAGAAGGGCAAGUUCCGGUUUCCUCCUGGGAAAAAGAUUUUCAAUUUCUCCGUUUUCAAAGUUACAAGUUACCGAAUCUGGGCAUUUGGGAUCCCAGCUGCACUUUUUGGAUACUUUGUGCCUUAUGUUCACUUGAUGAAACAUGUAAAAGACAGAUUUGGUGACAGCGUGCCAGAAGAGGUGCUUCUGCUGUGUCUGGGCAUUACCUCAGGAAUUGGACGAUUGAUCUUUGGCAGAGUUGCAGAUUAUAUUCCUGGAGCAAAAAAGGUCUAUUUACAGGUAACCUCAUUCUUCUUCAUUGGCCUUAUGUCUAUGAUGAUUCCACUGUGCAACGUCUUUGGAGCCCUCAUUGCUGUCUGUCUCUUCAUGGGCCUCUUUGAUGGCUGCUUCAUUUGCAUUAUGGCUCCUAUUGCCUUUGAGCUUGUUGGUGCUCAGGACGUCUCCCAGGCCAUAGGAUUUCUGCUGGGACUCAUGUCAGUACCUAUGACUGUUGGUCCACCGAUUGCAGGUUUGCUGCGUGACCACCUGGGUACCUAUGACGUUGCGUUCUACCUGGCUGGAGUUCCUCCCCUUAUUGGCGGCGCUAUAUUGUGUUUUAUCCCAUGGGUCCAUGAACGGCAGAAGUUAAAAGAAAGAGCAAAAACUGUCGAUGGAGAAACUACUGAGAAAAUGCUGGAAAACGAAAGCACUUUUGUGUCAGACACUGCAGAAAAGCCAGUCAAAUAAGUGGAAUCUGGUUUAUGACACUGUCUCUCCUCUACUAGCUUACCCUUCUCCAAAAGCUAGAUCAGAUUUCUAGGUUUGGCUGAAAAUAUCAUGAUACUAAAGAAGUUUUGAACUAUUGCUCAGAUUGCAAGAAUCUUUUAUACCAUUGAACGCU